CAGGCCAGCCCCGGCAUGCUCCGCGGCCGCCCGCGGUCCAGCACCUACAACAGGAAUUUUCCCCGAGAGCGGGCCGGGCUCAGUUCAGCUGCUGUCCAGACCCGGAUCGGCGACAGUGCCGCCUCCAGACGUUCUCCUGACGCUCGCCCGCCCGUCCCAGCGCCCCCAGCCCUCCCGCGAGGGCGCCCCGGGACGGAAGGAUCCACCAGUCUGUCGGCGCCCGCCGUUCUCGUGGUCGCCGUCGCCGUCGUCGUGGUGGUAGUCUCCGCCGUCGCCUGGGCCAUGGCCAAUUACAUCCACGUCCCUCCCGGCUCCCCGGAGGUGCCCAAGCUGAACGUCACCGUUCAGGAUCAGGAGGAGCAUCGGUGCCGGGAGGGGGCCCUGAGCCUCCUGCAACACCUGCGGCCUCACUGGGACCCCCAGGAGGUGACCCUGCAGCUCUUCACAGAUGGAAUCACAAAUAAACUUAUUGGCUGUUACGUGGGAAACACCAUGGAGGAUGUAGUCCUGGUGAGAAUUUAUGGCAAUAAGACUGAGUUAUUAGUCGAUCGAGAUGAGGAAGUAAAGAGUUUUCGAGUGUUGCAGGCUCAUGGGUGUGCACCACAACUCUACUGUACCUUCAAUAAUGGACUGUGCUAUGAAUUUAUACAAGGAGAAGCAUUGGAUCCAAAGCAUGUCUGCAACCCAGCCAUUUUCAGUUUAUCAUCGUUGACUCUUUGCAAAGGAAAAACUACAAGAGCUUUUGGAUUAAUUGGCUGCAGAGAGUUAAGGCUUCUGCUUAGUUUUUUCUAGUUAGUGUUUGAGUUGAAGUGUUAUACAUUUCUUACUGCCAAUUGCUUAUUACUUAAUUGUUCAUGUUUUCAGAGUUCUUGCCUAUUAAAAUUUUAUUAAUUUGGUUAACAAUUCUUUAUUCUUUAAGUUGUUCAUUAUUUAAUUUAAUAAUUUAAUUUAAUAUAUUAUGUCACAUAUGCUUGAUCAUUUUUCCAAAAUUGCCAACUUUAAAAAUUCUCUUUCUGCUCUUGAAAACUCUAGAAAAUGGUCCGGAUUUGAAAAUAGCAUUCAUAGGUUAGACCAGCAGUUCGCAACCAUUUUGGUCUCAAGACCUCUUUAUAGCUCUUUGAGGCUGAGAGCCCAAAGAGCUUUGUUUUAAUAUUUGAUUAAUGUUUAUCAAUAUUUACCAUAUUAGAUAUUAAAACAAAUUUUUUAGAAUACAAGAAUAUCAAGUACAUGUCCCGUUAGCUAUCACUGUGAUGAAAUUAUCACAUAUCAUGUAACCUCUUGAAAAGUACACUGUACACUUGUGAGAGAGUGAGAGUGAGAAAGGUAAAUAAUGUCUUGUGAAAAUAGUUUCAACUUUACAAAGCUCCUGAAAGGAUUUCGGAUGGCCAGGGGCUCCCUGGAUCGUAGGUUAAGACUUGCUAAGUUAAUACACUGACAAAAAUGGAAUGUACCAGUAUCACUUACCUAUUGUAAACCUAUAUCAAAUAAUAUAUUAAAAUAUUUUGUCAUAGAAAUCUGUUCAAACCCUAGUUUUUAGCCAUCACAUAUAUUUUCUUCUUUUACAUGAGUCUAGUCUUUAGAUGUAUUAAAAGAUUCUGAUUAAUACAUUUGUGUUUACUGUGUGUCAAUUGUUUCGUGGUCUUAGGCUUGCAUAUAUUUAUAAAUCCUCAAUCUUGUUCACAGUGGUUGACAAAUACCUAUAUAACAGCAUUAAAAAUUAAUAGAUGCAUAAAUUGGAUCCCCCCAAAGCUGGGUUUGUAUAUAUACAAAAACGUAUUACAUGAAGUUCCUAGAGAAGGACCACAUGAGUUGCCUUGUAACUAAAGCAGAGAGUAAAACAUGAUUGAUCUAUUUCAGUAAACUCAAAUAGAAAAAGUAAAAUAAUUAUAGUUUUUGAUCAAGAACAGUGAAGGUUUGUCAAGGCCGACUUUGGUAUUUGAUACAAUGUUAUAAACAUGUUUUCAGUAAAAGUAUCCUUUUCUAUACUUUUUGGUUAGAUCUACUUACUUAUUAUUUCUUUCCAAAAUGCCAAAGCCUUUAUUUUUUCUCUACUUAGAUCUUUUUAAAAAUAUAUUUUUUAUUGAUAUAUCAUAGUUGUACAUAUUUUUGUGGUACAUGUGAUAUUUUGAUACAUGAAUAUACUGUAUAAUGAUCAAGUUAGAGUAAUUGGUGUAUCUAUCAUCUCAAACAUUUUUCUUUGUGUUGGGACAUUACAGUUCUUCUUUUCUAGCUAUUUUGAAAUAUGCAAUAAACUAUUGUUAACUAUAAUUUCCUUGCUGUAUUAUUGAAUGCUAGAACUGACUCCUUUGAUUUAACUGUACUUUCAUACCCAUUAACCAACUUCUGUUCAUUACCCCCCUUCCUAGAUUUACUCAGAAUAUGUGUAAGUGAUACUAAUGUAGGCAUAUACACAUUUCAUAAAAAGAAUAUACUGUGUUAGAAACCAAACAUCAAUACUCUGAAUUCUUUGACAGCUGACUUGUAAUAAGUGAUACAUUGAAUUGCCCCACAAUUUUGCAGAGGAGAAGCAGAGUGGAGGCUGAGAAAGUAAGCAAAAGAAGAUGACACUGAAGAACCCUGUAUGAUAGGAUAUUGUUAGUUGGCAUUAUGAAUAGUAACAUUUGCUAUUUAAUUUGUUUUGCUGUUAAAUUUAUUUCAGAUUGUAUUCUAAUUCCUAUGGCAUUUCUUAUUGUUAAGCAGGUCUUAGUCACUAUAAAACAGAAAAUACGAAAAGAAAAGCUAAGGGAGGGAAAAGCAAGUUUUGAUUAACAAAACAUCUGAAUUACACAUGAUUUUAAAUAGGAGUGUGGUUUUAUUGUUUUCAGAUAUGUACAGUGAAAUACUUCUAAAAUACCAAGUAAGCAAAUCAGUAGAUGAUGGUCUGGAGCCCCAAGAAGAGGUUAAAGUUGUAAAUUUGGGAUGAUGUGCUUAUUUAGCCCCUUUUAAAUGAAUUUUAUAUUCUAUGGUUAAAAAGAAUCUUUGAUUUUAAUUUAAUAGGGACUUAUUGACAAUUUGGGGUUAGUUGUCACAUUUUGAUUAAUCCUUACGAGCUUUAAUGUUUGAAUAUAAUCAUAAACUUUUAAGACACUAUUGAUUGUUAGGUCAGCCUAAUAAUAUGCAUGCAGUGAUCUGGACUGAUGAAUCAGUAAAUGUUGAUUAGCGCUUUAGAUCAAAGUCGACAGUACUUUCUUGAAUUGGCUCAUUCAACCAUAGCUGUAUGCUUAUAUUAUGAUUAUGACGAAGGUAUCUCAUUUGAAUGUAAAAGGCUUAUGUUUAUGUUUGGACUAGUCUGGGGGAGGAAGAAGAAUCUAAACUGUCCUUGCUGUCUUAGUAAUUUACCAUUUGUGACACAGUAACCUUGGGGGAAAUAUGACCUAAAUAUUGUACAAAGAAGAACAGAAAAGGCUUUCAGAGAAAGUACAGGUAGUAGAUUUUGGGCAUACGUAGGAAAUUAGUAUGUUUCACUGUGAUCACAUUUGAACUGAACUUUAAAGGACAAGAUAGCCUGUAGGAGGUGAGGAAUGGUAUAGGUAAAGACAAUGAGCUGUAGUGCCUGACGGGUAAUUUCACUUAUGGAAAUUUAUCAUUCUCUGUUUUAUUUGAACUUCUUUGUAGCAAUCAGUUAUUACGGACACCUUCAGAAAAUUUUGUAAAAUUCAAAACUGUUUAGAAAUUUUUUCAAAUUUCUCAUCAGAUAUUUCUUAGAAAUUUGCCUCUUGUCAAGAACCUGGCUGAAGUUUAAUGACAAACCACCCAGUGACAGACAUAAUGGAAGAAAUGCAGUUUCAAAUCAAUUGUUGCAAGUUUAUCGAAGAGCAUACUGAGGGUACUGUAGUGGAACUGGCACCUUGUGGGUUGUGUGCAUGUAAAAUUGGUAGUGUUUUCUUUUGGAAAUCAAAAGGACAAUAUAUAAUAACUCAAAAGAAAGUUACAUGCUAUAUUUCUGGCAGCAACAAUUAGAAGUCUCUUAUAUUCAGAUAUAACUAAGGUAUCUCAACACAAAGGAGAAUUAUGCUACUGUUGAAAUGUAACUUUUUGACUAUUGUCUAAUACAGGCAAAAUGGCCGAUGCAGGGCCAACAGGAAAAAAUCAGCUUAAAAAAUAGCUUAACUGUGGCUACAAUUAGGCAGUAAUUUGCUCAUGCAAAAACUCAAAGGGGAUAUAUAAAAAUGAAAUACUAUGGGAUGAUAAGAUUAAAGAUUAUUUUUCAGUUUCAAAAUAUUUUUGUUAUUGUUAGAAUAUAUUAAAUUUUUUAAAAGCUUUCAAGAGAAGUAACAAUUAGUGUUAGUGAAUAUUUGAGGAAUUCUCUGAAGCCUUGAGGGUUUGAAACAUUUGGCUUUAAUGAGUGUGGAAUUUUAAAGCAGCAUUUGACUUGAUGUUACUGUAGUAAAACCUCGCUUACUGAGACAAGGUAGGAGAAGGACCAAUAUAUGAUAGUGAAAAUCAGAUAUCUUUUAAAGAUUUUUAAUUACCUUAUAUAUACAAAACAUAAGUUAAUGGUUAUUAAAUAAUGCUAAGUUAUCUGAAAGAAGAGAUUUUCCUUUUAAAGAUUUUAGUUUUUUAGUGCAUUUUUGAUUCACGACAAAACUGAGGGGAAGGUACAGAGAUUUCCCAGAUCCCCUCCUUCCUCCACAGAUAACCUCCCCCAUUAUCAAUAUCAGAGUGGUACUUUUGUUAUAAUACAUAAACCUAUAUUGAUACACCAUUAUCACCCAAAGUCCACAGUUUACAUUAGCGUACACUCUUGGUGAUGAACAUUCUGUGGGUUUGGGCAAAUAUAUAAUGCAUGUAUCCACUGUUAGUAGUAUCAUACAGAGGAGUCUCAUUUUCUAAAAAAAUCCUCUGUGCUCUGCCUAUUCAUCCCUCUUUUCCCCUUAACCAGUGGCAACCACUGAUCUUUUUACUGCUUCCACAGUUUUGCCUUUUUCAGAAUGUCAUAUAUUUAGAGUCAUUUAAUUAAGUAGCCUCAUUAGAUUGGCUUCUUUGACUUAUACUUCCAUGUCUUUUUAUGGCUUAUUGGCAGAUUUGUUUUUAGGGUGCUGAAUAAUGUUUCAUUGGAUAUACACCAAAUCUAUUUUGUUCAUUCAACUGCUGAAGGACAUUUUGGUUGCUUCCAAGUUUUAGCAAUUAUGAAUUAAGCUGCUAUAAGAAUCCCUGUGCAGAUUUUAAUGUAGACAUACAAAUUUUUAACUCCUUUGGGUAAAUGCUGACGAGCAUGAUUGCUGGAUUGUACGGUAAGAGUAUGUUUAGUUUUGUAAUAAACUGCCGAACUGUUUCCCAGAAUGGCUGUGCCAUUUUACAUUUCCACUAGCAAUGAAUGAGAGUUGCUGUUGCUCCACAUCCUCACCAGCAUUUGGUGUUGUAAGUGUUUUGGAUUUUGGCCAUUCUAAUAGAUGUGUAGUGGUAUCUUAUUGUUUUUGUUUGCAUUUCCCUGAUAUGUGCUAUGGAAUAUCUUUUCAUAUGCUUAUUUACCCAUCUGUAUAUCUUUGAUGAAAUGUCUGAUAGGUAUUUGGUCCAUUUUUAAAUUGGGUUGUUUGUGUUCUUAUUGCUGAAUUUGUGUAUUUUGGAUAAUAAUCCAUUACUGGAUACGGGUUUUGCAAAUAUUUUCUUCCAGUCUGUGCUUUAUCUUUUUAUUCUCUUGACAGUGUCUUUUGCAGAGGAGAAAGUUUAAAUUUUAAUGAAGUCCAGCUUAUCUGUUCUUCCUUUCAUGGAUCAUGCCUUUGGUGUCAUUUUUAAAAAGUCAAUUUAUUGAAAAGUCUAUCUUUUCUCCAUUAUAUUUCCUUUGCUCCUUUUCAAAAAUCAGUUGACUGAUUUAUGUGGGUUUAUUUCUGGGUUCUCUAUUCUGUUUCUUCAUCUGUCUGUCUAAUCUUUUGCAGAUGUCACACUACCUUAAUAACUAUAGCUUUAUAGUAGGUCUUGAAGUCAGGUAGCAUUAGUCCUCCAACUUGUUCUUCUCUUUCAAUAUUGUGUUGGCUAUUCUGGGCCUUUUGCUUCUCCCUAUAAACUUCAUUUUUUACAUUUUAAAAUUGACUUUUUAAGAAUUAAUUUUUAAUUGACAAAUAGUAAUUGUGUAUAUUUGGGAUACAGUAUACGUGUAAACUUUAGAAUCAGUUUUUCAAUAUCACAAAAUAACUUGCUGGGAUUUUGAUAGGAAUUGCACUGAAUCUGUGUAUCAAAUUGGGAAGAACUGACAUCUUGGCAGUAUUGAGUCUUUUUAUCCGGGAACAUGGAAUAUCUCUUAUUUAGUUAUUUGGUUUAUCAGAGUUUUAUAGUCUUCCUCAUAUAGAUCUUGUAUAUAGUUUGUUAGAUUUAUACCUAAGGAUUUUAUUUUUGGGGGUGCUACUGUAAAAGGAGUGCAUUUUAUUUUCAGUUUUCACUUAUUCAUUACUGGUAUGUAGGAAAGCAAUUGACUUUCAUAUUUUUUUUUAUCCUGCAAGCUUGCUAUAAUUGCUUAUUCCGGGAGGUUUUUUUGGUCCAUUCUUUUGGAUUUUCUCCAUAGAAAAUCAUGUUAUUUGUGAACAAAGACAGUUUUAUUUUUUUCUUACCUCUUAUUUUUUUUCUUGUCUUAAUGCGUUAGCUAGGACUUUCAGUACAGUGUUUAAGAAGGAUUGGUGAAAAAUGAUGUUCUUUCUUUAUUCCUGAUCUUAGUGGGAAGUCUUCAAAUUACUUGUCAUUAAGUAGGAUGUUAGCUGUAGUUUUUUUGUAGAUAUUCUUUAUCAGAUUGAAGAUAUUCUCUCUUUAUUCCUAGUUUGCUGAGUUUUUAUGAGUGCUAGAUUUUGCAAAAUGCUUUUUCUCACAUGUCGAUAGGUUCAUGUGAUUUUUUUUUUAGUCUGUUAAUGUAAUGGAUUACAUUAAUUAAUUUCAAAUAUUGAACCAGCCUUGUAUACCUGAGAUAAUCCCACUUGGUCACAGUGUAUAACUUCUUUUUAUAUAUUAUUGGAUUUGAUUUGCUUAUGUUUUGUGUCAGCAAAUAUAUUAUAUAAAAAAUAAACAUUUAAAAAUAAUCUUUUAAAUAAAUAGGAAAUAUAAAAAUAUACCGUUUUCUGUUGUAUAUAAUAUUUGCUAAUAGAAAACAAUUGAGGUAUACUUGAUUAAGUGUUUUUAAGAACUCUUUUCUUUUUCAAUGAGCAUUUUGUUUAGUUAAUAAAAAUUUGAUUUGUUUAUAGUUGUUCUGAAAAAAUUUGAUUAUGGUAAAUACUACAUAAAAUUUACCAUUGAAGCAGCAUUUUUAUCUGGGGUAAUACCUGAGGUUGGUUGUCCCACAACUACAGAAAACUAGGAUGCAGACAACCAGAGUGAGGUUAAGAGCGGAAGUUUAAUAGGCAAAACAAAGAGAAGAGCUCUCUGUGCAGAGAGGGGUCAGCGAAAAUGGGUUGCCAGUUCUGUGGUGAAAUGCACAGGGUUUUAUAGAUUAACUUGAGGAUGCAGUGUUUGAUUUGCAGAGGGCACGAAAGAUUGGUCGGACCAGGCGUGCCUUUUGCAUAAAGCGUGUAGAAGCUGGUGGCCCCACUUUAAUCUUUUAUUAUGCGGAUGGUUCUCUACUUGGCCAGUGCCAUAUUGCCUGCUUCUUUUACUGGACACGUGGUGACAAAGAAAAGGGAAGAUGGAGGUUCCAUUUUGAACGUACCUGGCUUCCAGGUAGCCCUUUUCUAUUGGCACAGCUGCCGGCAUUCCCUCAUGCAAGCUUCUAACUUGCUUAUAUAUAUCUGCAGCUUGAAUUUUCAGGCUGCUCUUUGUUAGAAGUGAUUUGGGGGCUGCUUUCUAUUAAAAGGGAGCCCUUACUGAGAACUCCUUUACCCUCACUAUCUGCCUAAAUAAUUUCUUUCUGGCUCCAGUGUCACCAUCUUAACGAUUUUUUAAAACGUACAGCUCAAUAGUGUUACUGCAUUCACAUGGUUGUGCAACUAAUUUCCUAAAAUUUUUUUUUAUCUUGUAAAACUACAAUUCUAUCCUUUUUUUUUUUUUUUUUUGAGACAGAGUCUCGCCAUGUCACCCAGGCUGGCGUGCAGUGGUGCCAUCUUGGCUCACUGCAACCUCUGCCUCCCAGGUUCAAGCGAUUCUCCUGCAUCAGCCUCCCGAGUAGCUGGGACUACAGGUGCCCACCACCUCGCCCUGCCAAUUUUUGUACUUUUUUAGUAGAGACAGGUUUCACCAUGUUGGCCAGGCUGGUCUCGAACUCUAGACCUCGGGUGAUCUGCCCACCUCGGCCUCCCAAAGUGCUGGGAUUACAGGCAUGAGCCACCACGCCUGGCCAAUUCUAUGCUUUUUAAACAACAAAUCUUCCUUCCUUCCUCCAGUCCCUGGCAACCAUCAUCUACUUUCUAUCCCUAGGAAUUUGACUACUUAGGUACAUCAUGUUAGUGGAAUCAUGUAAUAUUUGUCUUUUUGCGACUGGCUUAUUUCACUUAGCAUGAACAUGUCAAGGUUCACCUUUGUUGUAUAGCAUGUGUCAGAAUUUGUUUUUCUUUCAAGGCUUAAUAAUAUUCCUUUGUAUUUAUAUACUACAUUUUGUUUAUUCAUCUAUGGGUGUAUACUUGGGCUAUAGUCACUUUUGGCUAUUGUGAAUAAUGUUGCUGUGAACAUGGAUAUGUAAAUAUGUUUUUGAUACCCUGCUUUCAGUUCUUUUGGAUGAAUGCCCAGAAGUGGAAUUGCUAGAUCAUAAUGGUAAUUCUGGUUUUAAUUAUUUGAGGAACCACCAUACUGUUUUCUGUAAUAGCUGCACCAUUUUAUAUUCCCAUCAACAGUGCACAAGGGCACCAAUUUCUUUACAUUCUUACCAACAGUUAUUUUAUUUUUGUAGUAACCAUUCUAAUGGAUAUGAGGUGAUAUCACAUUGUGCUUUUGAUUUACAUUUGCCUGAUGAGUAGUAAUGUUGAACAUAUGCUUAUUGACCAUUUGUUUACUUUUUCUAGAGAAACACCUAUUCAAGUCCUUUGCCUAUUUUCUCAUGGGGUUGUUAUUUUUUGUUGUUGAGUUGUGGGAGUUUGUUGUAUGUUCUGAAUAUUGACUCCUUGUUAAAUAUAUGAUUUCCAAAUAUUUCAUCUCAUUCUGCAGGUUGCUUUUUCAGUCUGUUGAUUGUGUCCUUUGGUGCGUAGUUUUUAAUUUUGAUGCGGUAGAGUUUAUUUUUACUUUUGUUGCCUGUGCUUUUGGUGUCAUAUCCAAGAAAUCAUUGCCAAGUAUCCAGUGUCAUGAAGCUUUCCCCCUAUGUUUUCUCAUGAGAGUUUUAAUAGUUUUAGUUCUUACAUUUAGAUCUUUGGUCCAUCUCGAGUUAGUUUUUGUAUAUGGUGUAAGGAAAGGGUCCAGCUUCAUUGUUUUGGAUGUGGAUAUCUAGUUUUCCCAGUGCAUUUUGUUGUCCUUUUCUCAUUGUUCUUCUCUUCCCAUUGUUGUCCUUUCCUCAUUUAAGGUUCUUGGCACCCUUGUUGAAUACUGUUUGUAUAAUUCUGGGUUUGUUUCUGGGUUCUCUGCUCUAUUCCAUUUAUCUAUAUGUUUUUCUUUGUGACAGCACCACAAUAUUUUGAUUACAGUAGCUUUGUGUAAUAAGUUUUGAAAUCAGGAAGUGAAAGACUUCCAACUUUACUCUUCUUUUUCAAUGUUAUUUUAGCUACUCGGGUCCCUUGAGAGUCCAUGAAUUUUAGGAUAGCUUUUUCUUUUUCUGCAAAAAUUGCCUUUGGGAUUUUGAUAGGGAUUGCACUGAAUCUGUGGAUCACUUUUGGUGGUAUUGACAUAUUAACAAUACUGUUUUCCAAUCCAUGAACAUGGGGUGUCUUUCUGUUUAUUUGUGUAUUUAACUUUAUUCAGCAAUGUUUUAUUAUUUUCAGUUUACAAGUCUUUCACCUCCUCAAUUAUGGUUAUUCCUGAGUAUGUAUUUCUUUUCGAUGCUAUUGUAAAUGGAAUUGUUUUCUUAAUUUCCUUUCUAGAUUGUUCAUUGUUAGCGUAGAAGUGCAACUGAUUUUUGCGUGUUGAUUUUCUGUUCUGCAACUUUGCUGAAUUCGAUUUUUAGUAAAAACUAAAUUUUCUUAAAAUCAUUCUUUACAAAUUUCAUGCUUUGUUCAAUCCUUAUUUAUCAAAAAUUUUAGAUGAGUAUGGAACUUGUAAUUAGGCCAUGGUUAAUUUUUUAAAUCUCUUCACAAAGUCUAGUUUUUAAGUAUAUAGGUGGCUGCCAUGGUUACAAUUGAAGUAUACUUAUUUCCAUGGGAAGAUUUGUGUUGUAAAUGAACUUCCUUCCUUUCUGCUAUGAUCUGAAUAUUUGUGUCCCCUCAAAAACCUUUUGUUCAGACCUGAUUCCAGUGAAAUAGUAUUAAGAGGUGUGUCCCUUUGGCAGUAUUAGUCAUGGGGGUGGAGCGCACAUGAAUGGCAUUAAUGCCCUUAUAAAAGAGGCCCAAAGAAAUUUGCUUGCCCCUUCUACCAUGUGAAAAUGCAGCAAGACGGUUCCAUCUGUGAGGAACAGAACUGUGAGAAAGAAAUUUAUGUCAUUUAUAAGCUACCUUGUUUAUGGCAUUUUUGUUAAAGCAGCCUGAAAGGACUAAGACACUUUACAUGUUAAUUUUGUUAUAUAAAAGAUAAAAAAGACCAGUAAUUCUGAGACCUGUAGAUACUGGCUUGAAUUCUGGAGUGUGAGAAGAAGAUGAUGUGGCCUUAUUAUCAAAGAAUCAACAGUAUUUUAAAUGGAUGCUCAUUUGGUUUUUGUAUAAGAAAACAUUACUUUUGUUACAAUUAUUAGUACAUGAGAUUAUUAAAAAUCCAAAAUAGAUUUUAAUCCACCUGACAAUAAACCUAAUAGUGGAAGACUUCUCUGGUCUUAUGGUGAAUUUCUAAAUGUAUUCCAGGUCUGUUGCUAAGAUAACUGACUCUAAUUUAGAAAAUACCUGUUAAGUACCUCCUCUAAGUUCUGACCACAAGAACAGAUCAAAGAAUAAGACGUAGUCUUUGUCCCUUGAAGGAUAUCUUAGUGGUUGUAUUUAUCAAUUGUAUUAAUAAAGCAAUCUUUAUUAUUAUUAUUGCUAUUCUCUUUUGAAUUGUAUAGGAAGAUGCUGACUAACAUUUUAAAUAACAACAAUAUAUCAUCUUAUGUGGCAGAUGUUUUAAAAUUAUAUAAAAGUAAUUCUCAUUUUAUCUAUAAUUUUAGAAAUUUGUUCAAAGGAAUAAUUGUAUUUGAUAAAUUUUUAAUAAAAAUCACUGUAGUUGGAAAAAUUUUACCUCUGUCACUCCAUGACUUGUGUGCAUUUAAUCUUUCUAUUGUCACUUGUAGGAAGUUUUUGUUUUUGAAACGUAGUUUUUCACUCUUGUUGCCCAGGUUGGAGUACAAUGGUGAGAUCUCAGCUCACUGAACCUCCGCCUUGGGUUCAAGUGAUUCUCCUGCCUCAGCCUCUGUAGUAGCUGGGAUUACAGGUGCGUGCCAUCACGUCUGACUAAUUUUUUCUAUUUUUAGUAGAGAUGGGGUUUCACCAUGUUGGCCAGGCUGGUCUCGAACUCCCUACCUCAGGUGAUUCACCCACCUUGGCCUCCCAAAGUGCUGGGAUUACAGGCGUGAGCCACGGCGCCUGGCCAACUUGUAGGAAGUUAGUGUGAAAUGGGAAGUUAGUCUAUAGGAUAUUUGGGGUUUUUUAUUUUUAUUUUUUAUUAUUUAUUUAUUUAUUUUUUUAUUUUUGUUUUUUUUGAGAUAGAGUCUCGCUCUUGUUGCCCAGGCUGGAGUGCAGUGGCAUGAUAUCAGCUCACUGCAACCUCCACCUCCUGGGUUCAAGCAAUUCUUCUGCCUCAGCCUCCUGAGUAGCUGGGAUUACAGGCAUGUACCACCACACCAGGCUACUUUUUGUACUUUUAGUAGAGACAGGGUUUCGCCAUGUUGGCCAGGCUGGUCUCAAACUCCUGACCUCAGGUGAUCAGCCUGCCUCGGCCUCCGAAAGUGCUGGGAUUACAGGCGUGAGCCACCAUGCCUGGCCUAUAGGAUAGUUGUAUAUGAAUCUGAAUGUGAAGUUCAUAUUGUCAUUAUUGAAUUUUAAAGUUUAAAUAGAUCAAAUUUUUUGUAGAUGUUAAUUUUUUUUUCCUGGUGUUUGGGGACAUAUGACAUUAGAUCUGAAAGAUAACUUCAAAACUAUAUAACAGGCCAAAUAUUUUGCUUUCCUUGUAAGGAACCCAAAAACCAGAUGAAUUAUUUGUUUAAGUUCACAAUGCAAAUACAGUGGCAAAGUCACCAUGAAAACCCAACUAAUUUUGUGCAGCGUUAUAGGGAUAUUCUAUAGUGAUACAACUUGGCCUUUGCAUCACAUUAUCAGUUCAAAUCCUAGCUUAGCUCGUUAGGUACCUUCUUGCUAGAAAAGGCAAGACUUUCAAAAUUAGUUAAUACUUUCUCUUCUAACUGCUAUUGAUGUUCAACAAAUUUCAUUAACCUGUAAAUGCCCCUUGGAGUUGUGGCCAUACUGUUUUAUUCAUUUUUUAAGUAUUUACAGUAGAAUUGUCAUUUCAGUUACUAUAAGCUGAGUAACUGGAAAGCUUCUAAGAUUACAUUUUUUUAAUACACAGAAAAUUCAAGUAAUUUAAAAACUGCUUUAGAUUCAUCUUGAAAUAUGUAUUUGCUCUGGAAUGACCAUAUUGCAGCAUGAUUCUCAUGAACUUCAAAAUACUUUAUUUCAAAAACAACUUGAGGCAGCAAAAGUAUUAUAGUUGUCUGACUUUAUCCGUGUGAUGUGCAGGGCCUCCUUGUCUUCUGAUCUCAGUAAGCUUACACUGAUUGUUUCAGAUCAGAAGAGCAGAAACGGCUUAGUUCUAAAGAGACUGUUUGGAAAACAUUUCCAAAUAACUGCAGCACUUGGGUGACUACUUCCCUAAGUUUUGCUUAUUCACUGAAAGCAGAACUACUGUGCCGAGCCCUUCAGUGACAUGGGCCUUCUGCUCUCCCAGACGUUUGCCUCUCUUCAUACCUGUUCUGAAUCCAGCAUGGAGCAGACGAGAAGUCAUGGAGUUCUGACAGUUCCAGCACGUGUGUCCCCUUUGCAAAGGGAAAAAUUAUGUUUUGUAAGAGACCCCAAAUCAGAGUCUCAUAUAAACCCUGGGGUAAAACUAUUAAAAAUGACAUUAUUAUUCAUUUAUUUUAAAAAACCACAGCACAUAAAAUUUGUUAGAGUUAAAUACAUGUGACCCCCUCCUAAAUCAUCUGUUUCAUUUCAGUAAAUAUUUCUAAGAUAUAAUAUUCUGUUGACAUAGAUCGCCCCUUGUGUUUCUUGUAACACAGAUUGCAUCUUUCUUUGAGCUUUUUAUUUCCCCCUCUUCUCUGAAGUUUUAAAACCAGUUUUAACUGGCUUACUGUGUGUGUGUGUAUAUGUCUGUGUGUGUAUGUGUGUACGUGCAUGCAUUUGCACUUUCCUUUGUUUUGAUUUUAUCACCACCUGGCCUUUUCAUCAAGUUGCCUGGUGCUUAAGUACCACAGUUCAUUUGUGCUUAGCUUUCUGUGUAUAUAUGAGACUGACAUAAAAAUAGAUUUGUUUUCUGUAUUCUUGUGGACAUGAGUGUAUGGUCUUAGGGAGGGUCAUUCAAAAUGACUUAGUUUGUAAAAAUAAAUGUUUAUUUACUCAUUUGUUUGAGAGGUAUGAACCAAAGUACACUUAUAUAAAAAGGUUAUGGAUUUUAAUAUUUUAAUGUAUUAGAUUAAAGAUGAGGCUAAUACUGUUGCUUGAGGAUGAUAAUUUGACAAUUUACAGUGACAUAAAGGAGAAAGAAUUUAUUGAUACUUGUAAUUGAGAAUACUGAGUUCAAACAUGGGGUAAAUCCAGGGACUGUAACAAUGUCAUUAGGAAUAUCACUUUAUUCUGUUUAUUCUUUUACCUUUUUUUCUUUUUCUCACAAACUUUCCUUAGGACUAUCCAUAAUAAUAAUCAGUAGGUUUCUCUAACUGGUUUAACCACCCCAAGGGGAAAAUUUUCUUAAUUUUCUAAUAGCUUCAAACAAAGUUGAUAGCUUCAACAAAAUUAGGAUUAAGUCUCUGGCUUAACUUGGGUAAUAUGUGCUGAACCAGUCACUGUGGCCUGAAUGAUAGAAUGCUCUGAGCAAGUCAGGGUCAUAUGUUCACUUACUACUGAAGUGAGUGAUGCACAUGGGAUGCAGUUAGGAUUGAGAUCAACUCUGUAAUAAUGACAUGAACUAAAAGUAAGAGGGAUAGAAGUUUCUCCAAAGGAAAAUCAGGACUCUUUAGUUACUAGGAAUGAGAUAAAAACAAGAAUAUUCACAAUAGUAUAGAAAUGUAAUAAUAAAAAUGUGUUAUUUAAGGAUUGAUACAACUAGAUUCUCUAUGGGCCUUACUUAAGUGGUUUUCAAAUGUUUUUGCAUAUUAAAAUCACUUGGGAAGGUUUUAAAUAUCUCAGUGUCCUGGCUGCACACCAGGCCAGUUAAAUCAGUUUCGUUAGUACCUAAGCCUGUAUAAUUUGUUUCGAAGUUCCAUAGGAAAAUCAUGCUAACAAGAACUAGGUAGACAGAGCUGGUAGAGUCAAGGUUCAAAAAGAGGGAUUUCAGGGGACAGAGAAGUUCACAUGGGAGAAGCAGGAUCCAAUGAAGAGAACACAGGGGCUUCAAAGAGAGACAGAAAGGAGGACCUCCAGCCUAGGAGGUACCUUUCAAAAGAAGCCUGGGACUCCAAUCUACUUUCAGAGAGUACACUCAAAAUCUUAAGUAUCAGAGUUCUUGCCAGCUUCAAUGGAUGUUCAGUGGUUCAGGAAUCUGACUCACCAGUGGAUCCCUAUUAAUCAGUCAGAAGUGAAUUCAAAGGUGCAAACAUAGGGUCCUGGGUCCAGUGAUGAAUCUGAUUCUGAGUCACAGCACCAUAACUGUUAAAGAAAAAAUUAUUCAGUGAUACUUGUUAAAGCAUGAUAAGGCUGAGUUUCUUCAGAAUCAUUGAGAUAUAGGUAUAGGGACCACAGCAGUGGGAUUUUGGAAUUGGAGAAGAGAGACUGGGCCCAACUCCAAAUACAGUAUGAGCAAGUGGGAACAUAUACCCAGGGAGCAGGGUCAGGGUUGGCGGAUAGCAAAUUAAGAGUAAUAUCAGAGUAAGGGGUUUCUGGGUAAAACAACCUAAUGGUUCUUGCUGAAGAUGGCCAGAGUAAUCAGAGUAAUUAAUUUGGGGAAUGGUGAAGGAUAAGGAACCUGAUCAGAUAUCAAGGGUGGGGAUACUCUUGCUAAACUGACUCAGCAGGGUUCUUGCUAAAACUGGUUUUUACAAGAGAGAGCACAGGUAGGUCUACAAGAAGAUUCAGGAGACUGACUAAAGUUUCAUCAAGAAUCUUUGUCAGGAGACAUGACCUUUAUGAUACUUAAGUUUUUCUUUUUAUGCGGUUUUGUUUU